AUGAUUUGUUUAAACAUGUUUUAUGUUGAUAUUUGAGAAUGCUAUAUAGAUAUUUCAGCUACUAGUAUUUAGUUUUAAAAAUAAAAUAUCAAGGAGUUGACAGGGGAAUACUUUAAGAUUACUGUCAUAAGUCACUUGAUGCACGUGCUUUUAAGCGAUGACAAAGAGGACAAAUAAAGUAUUGCAUUCUGAAGAAGCAGAAAGUGAUAAUGAACCGGACACAGCUCUUGGACAUGGCGUGAAAUCUCGUGAUGAGAACGUGAAAUCUCGAGAUGAGAACGAGAUGGCAAGAAAGAAUAAGAUAUCUACCCUAGAUCAGGAUAAUAGUAAAGCAAGGACAAAUGGAAUCCCUGUAGGUCGGAAUACGAACGAGAAUGGUCGACAGGUGCAAAGUUCCAUCUCCCCUCCAACAUUGAAAGACUUGUCUUUAUUUCCAACAAAUGAGUUUGCUACUGAUAUACUGACUGAAUCUCGACCUUCAGAGAUGAUUACUGACAGAGUUCGGAAAAUAUCAAACAAACACAAUAGCUUUCCUGAAAAACUUGGAAAACAUCCGCAGAUCUCCGAAGAGAAAGAAGGUGGAAUGGUUUCUGCACAAAACGAUAUGGAUAAAAAACAAAACAGUUCCAUCUUCAAUCCAGCAUGCGAUGUAUAUACUAUGCCUGAAUCUUUUGAGUCAGCAAAGCGUCUAAAGAGGGUUGGAAAAUUAUCCAGAAUAUAUCGUAGCAUUGCUAACAAACUUGGAUCACUUACAGAGCGAUCAGAGUCAAGGCAGAUAACUCACGUAGUAGAAAAAGAUUCGUCGAGUUCCGAAGAGGACGAAGAAGGUGAUAAUGUAGAAAAGAAACUGGAGAAAAAGAAAGUUGUAAGAUUUGAAGAUGACGAUGACAAUGAACAAACUCCUUCACAAGUGAUAAAUAAUUUAUUCAAACAUAGUUCGGAAGAAACGGUUUUGAAAACAUUUCAUCAAUUGAUACAUAUGGGAGAGAAUUUGAACGAUUUAGAUAAGGAUGAAUCAGGGCGUUCUGUUCUACAUAAAGCAGUAGAGAAGAAUUUUCUAAGCGUGGUGGAGAAGUUUCUAGACUAUGGUUUUGACCCGCUGUCUUAUGAUUCUUCGAUGGAAAUACCACUUCAUAUAGCCAUUAGAAGAAAUUAUGAUGAAAUGGCGGCGCUUAUUGUUAGUAAACUAAACAACUUUGUGGUGCGACGUCUUUUCGGAGAUGGCAAAUCAAAAGUUAGCAAACAUGGUGCUAAAUCAACAGAACAGAAGAGCAACAGCGGACAAAGUGCACACACAAAUAAGUUAAUUGUUUUUGGAACGUUUGAUGAAAACACCGUGAAACCGAUGUUUACAAUAAACGAAUUGAUAGCACGUGGUCUUGAUCAAACAUUGCUGCGAGUUUUGGACAGUUUUCUGGAGGAACAAAGAAAUGGUUUAUACAAGGUUCACAUAAAACUUUUAGAUAUUGAUAAUGCUAGAAAUGAACCAACUGAUAUGAAUUUCGACUUCGAAUAUCACACGGCUUUUCAAGAUAUGGCAACGUGCGACAAAAAAGACGCACUAAAUCACCCUGCCGUACGCACGUAUGUUGAACACAAGUGGGGAAAAUGGUGUCAGACACGUUUUCUAUCCUAUUUCUUCAUGUACUUGUUCAGUUUAUUUUGCUGGACGUAUUCUGCUGUGACAGGAGUUAGCGCCCCUGAUAUUCAAAAUUACGACACGAGGCUUCAACACUCCCGAGCUUUUUUCGAAGUCAUUGCUUACUUGUAUGCUGUUGCAGUAUUAUUCACCGAAAUUCGACAGAUUAUAAGACACGGGCGACAAUAUUUCACUCAGGUAUUCAACUUGUUAGAGUUAACUUCUUCAGUACUGCUGGUGAUGAUUUUGCCACUACGUUAUACUAACGUUAGGGUACAUUGGUAUAUCUUCGCCAUUGGAUAUUGUUUAUGGGCCAUUAGAAUUUUCAAGUAUUCCGUAGUGUUCAGUAUCACAGGUAUAUAUGCAGAGGUUAUCAAACGAAUAAUUGCUCAAGAUUUCGUUCAAUUUGGUAUUCUGUUUGCGGCGGUAAAUCUAAUAUUUUCUGGAACAUUCUUACUGAUUCUCAAAGCAGAUGAUAACUUGGACACAUUCGCUGACACAAGCUCGUUUCAAAGUAUCAUGUAUGUGGGUCUAAGGACGUUAAUAGAAGCUGGACCUAUAGUCGAGUACUCCGGAACUGAAGGAUACAGGACAGCUGGAAUUAUUUUUAUGAUGGUGUACAUGUGUUUCACAAUUGUUGCUUUGCUAAAUAUAUUAAUUGCUCAAGUGAGUGAAACCUACACAAGAACACAUGGCGAUUGUGUGAAGACAGUACGAGCAAAUCGUGCUUGGACUGUUGCACGUGCAGAAAGAAAUGAAUGGCAUAUUCUUCCAAGACAGCCGAACCGGGUAAAACAUUUCAAGCGCAUUAUUAAAGACGUUGAUAUCAAAGCCAUUGAGAAAAAAGAAAAUUCUACUAUUGAAGUUAUAUCGUCGAAAAUUGAGAAAAUUCAAAACAAGCAGAUAAAAGAUGGCCUAGAAGUACAAACAGUGAAAACGAGGCUUCGCAAUAUGACGCAACAUCUUGAAAUGAAAGUUGAUCACCUUUCCCAACAGCUCGAAGAAAUCAAAGAACUCCUUCGGUCCAAAUAGAUUGCAACAUUUAUACAAUUUAUAACUCACUUUGUUUCUUUGUUGUUGUUUCUUUCUGAUAGAAAUGAACAUGUUCAGGUGAUAAUGAUUGUCCUCUUUGAAUCAUAUUUGAAUCGUUAGACAAAUGCUUUUCAUUUUUAGACAAGGCAGUGAGAGAAACCUUUCGUUGUAAAGCAUUGUCACAUCGUAGAGUCCACUUCAAAUAGCUCCCCGGUCGCAUAGCUCUGUUCGAUGAAUAAAGUUUUUGUAACGAGCUGCAUACGAAAAUGAAUAGCAUGCAAAGUCGACCACAGCCCGCCGCUACAUUUACCAGAUUUAUAUCAUAAAAUCAAUGUACUCGACAGAGACUCGUUGUACUUUUCCGGCAACAGGUAUUCAAACAAUGUCAUUGUAUAUUGAACGCCGCAUCUAUAAAUAUAUAUAUGAAGAAUUUUGAUAAAUUCCAUCUUGCAUCAGGCAAGUGUGGAAAAGUAAUAAAUAUGGGUAGGUUACUAGUAUUUAACAUUUAACUGUACAAUACGGGAAUAUAUUUGGACUUGUACACAUUUGGAGAAACCAUCUUGGACGAGCCGCCAGGCAUGUAUAAUGUAGUUUCUAAAGCUUUGUACAAAUAUGUUCCUAUAUUGUACUUGUCAAAUGUUUAAUAACCUGUUUAUUCUAUAUCCAAAUUCGAUAAAGGAAACGCGAUUUAAUUAAUAUUGUUAAGGUUAGAUGUUGCUUGCAAGACGUAUUUAUUAGAAUUUAUUUGGAUUCUUCUGUAGUUAACGGCUUAUAUUUCAUCAUUGACGAAAUGGCCAAAAGCAGAAUAAUUAUAUUGGACGUUAUAACGUCCAAAAUGGAAAUAUAUUGGAUAAGUACGUCAUACAAUUCAUUGAUUUAGAAUAAAAGAAGGUGUUUUAUGGAACAAACCGAACGAUGCCAAUUUUUGGGGUUAGAUUUAUCCUAUUAUAUCAUUUCUAUACAUACAUGCCUUUUAUUGAGAUUAUAUAUUUUACAUAUUGUAUUUUUACAAGUUUUGCUUUUUAAAACUCAUUUGUUCCUUGGAUGUGUUCAAAUAAUGAAUUUAGUGUAUCAUAGUCAUUCCGUAAGAAUACUAUUACUGCUCAAUUUUAUGAUUUGUAAAACAUAUUUUUAAUUUGUCUUAAUUUUAUACUUGGCAUAUUUUCCUACAGUAAAUAAAGUGA